AAAAAAUAAAAAAUAAAAAAUAAAAAAACGAAAAUACAUAAAACAGCAAUAACGGAAAAAAGGACCAUUUUACCAGAAGCAAACGUAAAAAAGUCUUAUCUGUGUUGCUGUGUUCUUCCUCCUCUGAGAUGGGGAGAGGUGGGAAGGUGAGCAGUAAGCGGAAUUUGAGAAGAAGGGUGAGGCCAAGAGACAAGGGUUCCGAUGAUUCCGACGAAGAUUAUAUAGCGGAAGAAGAUGAAGAAGUCGAAGUCUCGGAUGGCUCGGAAUACUGCUCUGAUUCACCAGAGGAAAGUUUUAAUAGCUUUGAGGAGGAGGAAGAUGGGGAGGAAGAGGAGGUUAGAAAGGUUGUCAGAUCAAAGGCUCGAAAGGGUUGUUUGGGUCAGAAGAAAAUUGGGGUUAAAAGGUCACGGAAGAGAAAGCGGGUUUUGUGUGAAGAGGAAGAAGAAGAUUAUGAUUACGAAGAUGAGGAUGAUGAUGAUGAUGAUGAUGAUGAUGAGGAUGAGGAAUUUACGCCCGAUAAAAUUGACAGUGCAUAUGAUGAAGAAGAAAUGUCAGUGAGGGAUAUGAAUAAGAACAGGAAGAAGGUGAGCAAGCAGGCUGUUAAAAAUCAAGGUAAUAGCAAAGGAAGAAAGAGAAAGAGGAAUUCUAGGGUUUUGAAGAAACCUCUGGAGAAGAAAGGAAGAAGGAAUGGCGGGUUGGGAAGGAAAGCAAGUCGUAAUAAUGGUGGUGAAUUUCUAGAGAAGAUCCCAGCUGUGAGAGCAAAGGGUACGAAAAACUUGGGCCAAAGAAGGAGGAAAUUGGUUGCACAAUCUGAAUCAGAUUUUGUGAGUUCUGGAUCAUCUGAUUAUGAGUUCACUAUUUCAGAAGAAGAAAGAGAACAGAUGAGGGAAGCUGGAGAAUUUUGCCGAAGUUAUCCAACUGGUUUGAGGAGUUCAUCUUCAUCUAAUAGAAUUCAGAAUGACCACCCUGUGCGGCAGCGAAGAAAAGCUCCAGUGAAAAAGGGUAAGGAAAAAGUGGUGGAUCCAAAGAAUGAAUUGGGGAAGCAGGUGUGUGGGAUUUGUUUUUCAGAAGAAGGAAAAAAUAUGUUGCGAGGAACAUUGAACUGUUGCAGCCAUUAUUUUUGUUUUCCAUGCAUCAUGGAGUGGUCAAAGGUGGAAUCUCGUUGUCCAUUGUGCAAACGAAGAUUUGCCACAAUCAGUAAGCCAGCACGAUUAAACACCGGAAUUGACUUGAGAAAUGUGGUGAUUCAGAUCCCUGAGCGUGAUCAGGUCUAUCAACCGACUGAGGAAGAAAUGAGGGGUUAUCUUGAUCCAUACGAACAUGUGAUCUGUACUGAAUGCCAACAGGGCGGGGAUGAUGGCCUCAUGUUACUGUGUGAUCUCUGUGAUUCACCUGCACACACAUAUUGUGUUGGACUUGGGAGAGAAGUGCCUGAAGGCAAUUGGUACUGUGAAGGCUGUAGACCUGUUGCCCUUGGAUCCUCAAAUUUCCAAACUCAAGAUCCUUCUCCUGAUCAAAGAGUGGCAAGUAACAACUUGUCUACCAGACUAACUUCUGUUGAGACUAUUAGGGAGGGUCUGGACUUGCAUUCAUCUCCUUCCCCACGUCCAACAUUAGCUCAGGGAACUGGGACUCUUAACUCUCCCACAUAUCCUGUUGGAGAUGUUCAAACUACUCCUCUAGCGCCUGGGGCUGGAGCUGGACCAUCAACUCUAUCAGGUAGACGAUGGAUACAACGUCAAAUACACAAUUUCCUUUCUAGUAAUAGAAUGGGCCAUAUGGCUGGUAGGACAGAUGGGAUUUCAGGCUUUUCAGCUGCCAAUUCAGCAAGUGGUCUUUUAAAUUCUCAAAUUCAUCAUGCUAGGGAACCAGCAUUUCAACAGACUCCAGAAAUAGGGACAUCGCGUCAUACUUUUAUAGAGGAAAGGUUACCAAACAACUCCUCUCCUUCGCUGCAGAAUAGGGAUCUCUUCUCUCCAAGAUUGAGCCUUUUGAGGAGGCAUGUGGCUCCAGAUCUAACUACUACAGCUACUGAUGGCUCUGUCCGUGGAAUGCCAUGGGCUGAUUUCAUGAGGGCCAAUAUGAUUUCCAGUUCUCAGCAACCCCAUCAGCAUAGUGGCAGACCAAACAUUGGGUCUGACAGUAGUUUGUCCCCUUGUAUGGCUAGAGAGGGUAGCCGAUUUUACAUGGCAAAGGAACAAUUGCAGUCAAUGGUUAAAAGCCAUUUGAAAAGCUUGUCCAGAGAUGUUGAGUUGGGCAAUCUUUGAGGUGCCUCAUGCUUCUCAGUCCAUGUAUUUGUUGAACUAUUUUUUUCUACUGUAUACUUUGGAAAUGCUCAAGCUGUCCCUCCUCUUUUGACGUUGAUGCAGACCAUAAUAUGUUCAAGCGCAUUGCAAGGAGCUCCACACACACCAUUCUUGCUGCAUGUGGAUUUGAGCACAGGACGAGUGAGGUGGUUUACACCGUGCAGCCGCCAUCUGUCUGUUCCCAUAUUGAAAUGAUGUCUGGCGGACACACAAGUCUGAUGCAAGGCUGCUGCUCAUCUUGUUUCGAUUCCUUUGUAAAGAAAGUAGUUAUGAGGAUCAUGAGGAUCAAUCUGCCACAAUAUUAGGGUGGAAGGAUUGAUACAGUGAGUCCUCUUGUGCUUUUUUUCUUUUUAGGAAUUCAGACAAGAUUUUGUGGUAACUUGUUUAUAGAGUUGAAUUAGCAAGCAUUGAACACAAAAGACUUUGUUCUUCUUGUAUCAGCAUAAAAAAUUGAUUGCUUAGACAGGCCAAGAACAACUCAGAUUUUAUAAUUGAUACUAGGUGUAAUGAUAGCAUUGAUUACAGGCAAAUUUAUUGCAGUGGGAAGAAUAAGCUCUCAUCAAUUAUUUU